UUAAUGGGGGGAGGAGGAGCCGAAAGUGGUGCCAGGGAGCUUGAUCAGACUCCCACCUGGGCUGUAGCCGUUGUUUGUGCUGUCAUCAUUAUUAUAUCAAUCAUUCUGGAAAAGGUUCUUCAUGCAAUUGGAGAGUUGUUCGAAAAAGGAAGAAAGGAGGCUUUAUAUGAGGCUCUUCAAAAAGUUAAAAACGAACUUAUGGUUUUGGGAUUCAUUUCUCUCAUCCUUACAUUCGGCCAGAGUUAUAUCUCCAGUAUCUGUAUUCCAGAAGAGGUUGCGGAUACAAUGUUAUUUUGCCCCAAAAGAGUUGAUUCUACCCUUCAUAAAACACAGCCUAAGCAAGAAUCUGGGGGCGAGGCUACUGGACAUCGGAGACUGCUCUUAUAUGAGCGUAGAUUUUUAGCUGGUGGUGGCAAAGCUCGCGGGUGCAAGCCCGGGCGCGUGCCACUUAUCUCUGUGAAUGGAUUGCAUCAGUUGCACAUUUUCAUAUUCUUCUUAGCAGUUUUUCAUGUGUUAUAUAGCGCCAUAACAAUGAUGCUUGGAAGAUUAAAGACACGAGGGUGGAAGGAGUGGGAACGGGAGUGUACCACUACUGUUAAUGAAUUCAAUGAUCCUUCAAGAUUUAGGCUCACUCAUGAGACAUCAUUUGUGAGGGACCACACCAGUGCCUGGACAAAAACAAAAUUCUCCUUUUACUUUUUAUGCAUGUGGCGACAAUUCUUCAGGUCUGUUCGCAAGGCUGACUAUUUAACAAUGCGUCAUGGAUUCGUCAGUGUUCAUUUGGCACCUGGAAGUAAGUUUGACUUUCAAAAAUAUAUCAAAAAAUCAUUAGAGGAUGACUUCAAGGUGGUCGUCGGAAUUAGUCCGGUAUUAUGGGCUUCAGCAGUGAUCUUUCUCCUUUUGGAUGUUAAUGGAUGGCAUGCUAUGUUUUUCCUAUCCAUUAUUCCUUUAGGGGUAACAUUAGCAGUUGGAACCAAGCUUCAAGCAAUUAUAGCACAAAUGGCAAUUGAAAUAGUAGAAAAGCAUGCUGUAAUACAAGGAAUGCCUCUUGUACAAGUCUCUGAUAGGCAUUUUUGGUUUAGUUGGCCACAGUUAAUCCUUCAUCUUAUCCAUUUUGUGCUGUUUCAGAAUGCAUUCGAGAUCACUUAUUUCUUUUGGAUAUGGUAUGAGUUCGGCCUAAAGUCAUGCUUUCAUCAGGAUUUAGUUCUUAUCUUUAUAAGAGUUGUCCUUGGGGUAGUGGUCCAAUUCAUGUGCAGCUACAUCACACUUCCACUCUAUGCCCUUGUUACUCAGAUGGGAUCAACCAUGAAGAGGUCAAUCUUUGAUGAACAAACUUCCAAGGCCCUAAAGCAGUGGCACAAGAAGGCUGUGAUGAAGAAGGGUGAAGGGAAGACAGAAGGUCCUCGUACAAGAACAUUGGGGGGAAGCCCUGGUGGUUCCCCUGAGGACUCCCCUCUACAUAAACGCUCUGGAGCUGGGAACAUGAAUCGUUUAGAUCAUCAGGAAGUCGCUAUUGAAGCAGAGACAUCAACGCCUGAUCAGCAUGACCUUCUAAGUGGACCAUGA